AUGGGGGUUUCAGGUCUUUUGAGUUGGUUAUCCAUGAAAUAUCCUAAAAUCAUUGAAGAAAUCCCAGUUGAAGUUAAUAAGGAGUUCGAUAAUUUAUAUAUAGAUAUGAAUCACAUUAUUCAUUCUUCUUGUCCAGAAAACGAGUCUGCUCCUGAUAUAAUAAUUAAAAAAAUAUUUGAAUAUAUUGAGCAAAUAGUUGCUAUUAUUCGCCCUCGAAGGGUUUUAUAUCUCGCUAUUGAUGGAGUGCCACCUCGUGCCAAAAUGAAUCAACAAAGAUCUCGUAGAUUUAUAAAAGCAAAAGAAAAUGCAACCAAGUCAUUUGAUAGUAAUUGUAUAACACCAGGUACGCUCUUUAUGGCACGUCUUGCAGAAGGUUUGCGAUAUUUGAUCACAGAUAAAUUUAAUACAAAAUCUACAGAAUCAGGAUGGAAAAAAUUAAAAGUCAUCUUAUCUGAUGCAAGUGUACCAGGUGAAGGUGAACACAAAAUUAUGGAUUUUAUUCGUGCACAUCGUGCUAGUCCAGAUCACGAUCCUAAUACAAGUCACGUAAUAUUUAGCAUGGAUGCCGAUCUUAUUUUGCUUUCAUUGGCUACACAUGAACCACACUUUAAAAUACUUCUAGAAAAAAAACGCACAGAAGAUCAAGCCACACAAAAUCAGGAAUAUGCCUUUAUAAAUAUUCAAGUUCUUCGAGAAUAUUUGGAAAUUAAGUUUAAAGCAAACCAUCCUUUCUCAUUUAAUUUGGAGAAAGCGAUCGAUGACUGGGUUUUUAUUUGUCUUUUCGUAGGUAAUGAUUUUCUUCCGAAUCUGCCGUUUUUGAAAAUCUGGGAAAAUGCUAUAGAUAUAUUGAUAUCCAUAUGGAAUAAAUUAUCAGAGAGUGUAUAUUUAACCGAUUGUGGAGUUGUGGAUUUAACAAAGUUACAAAAUUUGGUUAAAGAACUUGGUAGACAGCAACUAUGCGAUGAUGGGUAUAAAAAAAAUUAUUAUAAGCAAAAGUUUGGAGUUGAGCUACCGAAUAAAGAAUUUCAAACAACUCUUGUUAAGAGUUAUAUUAAAGGUCUCUAUUGGGUUUCAAAGUAUUAUUAUCAGGGUGUUCCAUCGUGGAAAUGGUAUUAUCCUCACCAUUAUUCACCAUUUGCAUCAGACUUUAUCGAUGUUGAUGUCAUAAAUGAGGUUGAUUUGGAUGAAUUGGGCGAACCUCUCAAACCAUUUGAACAUUUAAUGAUUGUAUUACCUCCACAUAGCAAAGAACAUUUGCCAGAACCUUUACAAAAUCUUAUGACUGAAAAAGAUAGCGAAAUAAUUGAAUUUUACGAUAAUACAGAUCUGAACGGUGAAACAAUUGUGUCUAAAUAUCCUCAAUUAAAUGAUGAUGAUAUUACGUUAAAUGCUCAUGGAUCUGAAAUCCUUUUUAUUAGCAAUCAUCAUCAUAAAUUCUAUAGUAAUUUAUAUUCCCUGUACUCAAAAAAUGGUUCAGUAGAAAUGCGAUUGGAUUCAAGUAUUAGCGAUAAACUGAUUGGAUUUGUAUCAAAAGAUUCCAAAUUUAUAAAUGAAGGAGAUAAUAUUGUUAACAGAUCAUUGAGCGUACGCUAUAAACUUCCAGCCAAAAAAGCUCAUAAAUGCACUCUUUUACCAAAUGUUAAAAUGGAUUCUCCAGUAUUAGGAUCAGGAACAGAGUGGAGAAAGUAG